AUGGACUGCCUUGCCAGCCUAAUUCCGCUUCGGAUUAGACAAUGGAUCUCAUUGAUUUCCGGCGGCGUGCAAAAGCAGGAGUCUAUAAUAUUCAUGGACGCGGAACGGGGGCCCGAUGACCUGGUGGUAACAUUCCUCCGAAACCGACUCUACGACCGUUGCUCUUGGAGCGAGUACAAAUCGAUUGGACCGGAAGCGACAGCUGCAGUCGUUCAGGCUGGAUGGAGCUGCAGUGAAUUAGACCGGGAAGUAACAUCCCUUCACGAGGGAAUAUUUGACGAGAGAAGCUUGAAUCGACUUCGACAGCAAGCAAGAAACAAACACCACCGUAUUUCCUACGGUAACCCUGCCGAUCACUCCAGCGUGUUUGAAUGGGCCGAAAGAUAA